GGGGCCGGGGCGGGGCCGGGCCGCAGUGAUUUUCAAAGGAGAUUGUCACUUGAACUACUGCCUUAACUUUCUGAAGAGUCUUUCUGCCGAGCAGACUGGCAGCAUUGAGAAGACCCUCCGAUUAGAGGUUUCAGAUACAGAAAAUAUCCUGGGGAUUGCUCAGACUGAAAACAUCCAAGUCUCUGCAGAGGUCUGUGAUGUUUCUCUGAGCAUUGACAUGCCUGAAGGUCCAGAUGGAAGCUUGGAAUUUGGAACCAUUAAUGUCCAAGAUAAUGUCAAGAAAGUCCUGCAUCUAGAAAGCACGGGGGUAUACAACAUUGAGUACAGGUUCACACUUGAGGCUGCAGGUCGCAGGACGCGAGACGUGGCAUCCCACUUCACUGUUAAGCCUCAGUCAGGCCUGCUGAUUCCCUCCCAGCCUGGUGUGAAUGUUGAGAUGCUCUUCCAACCCACAAGAGAAAUGUUCCUCAGGAGCAAACCCAUCCUGUACUGCCAGGUGAUAGAUGCCAGCUCAGGUGAAGGAGGCCAGGCUGUCCUCAACAUCCCAUUGAGGGUGUCUGCCAUAGCUGAGUACAGCAAGUACAGCAUUGAGCCUGCCUCACCCAUCAACUUUGGAGCCAUGCUCAAGGGCACCAAGAAGACCCAGACUGUCAUGCUGGAGAACAAAGGGCUGCUCAGCUUCAAAUUCCACAUCUGCCAAGCACCCGAGGAGGCACUGGGAAGCAAAAGCUCAAAGCAAGUGGAAGCUGAAAAGUGCUCCAUGAGAAGGAAAUCAACCUCCUUGACACAGGCUCGCCUCAAUCUUGGCAUGUUCACGGUGUCCCCUGCUCCGGCUCCAUCAGUCCGUGGGGCCAGCAGAAGAUCCCAGUGAAAUGCCUCGCAGGGCAGGAGGGGACAUGUGAGCAGCAGCUCUGUAUUGACAUCACAGGCAGACACCCCAAGGACAAUCCCCUUGGCAUUCCCUUCACCCUGAUUGCUCAGUCCUGUAUCCCAGCACUCGUCGAGGAUGUCACAUUAAUCUUCGAGGAGUACCCGAUCUGCAGCAGCACCGACCUCGACCACAAGCUGCAGUCGGUGGAAUGCGCCAGCCUGUUUGUCACAGAUGAGAACAGAUUCAUCUUCAGCAAGGCUCAGGUUGGGCAAGAGG